UCAAAAUAUGGCGGAGGUUAUUUCUAUUGUAAUGUCUUUCCAGCCUUUUGUUUGAUCGAUAUAUAAUAUAUAAAAAGUCCGUAUCAUGUUACUAACUAUAAAUGUAAUAAGAAAUGGACUUUCCAAAGCCCAGUUGUAUGCUUCAAAGUUGAACAAAAUUAACAAAUGUGUAAUACAACAGACUGGUAUUCAAUGUAGAAGAAAUAUAGGUUAUGCUGUAACCUAUCAUAAUAUUUAUUCAAAUAAUGAUUUGACAGUGAUAAACUAUAAAUUAAUAUCGAAUUUUAGUUCAGAUAGUAGCACGCAUCCUCAAUCUGAACUAGAACUUUCGCCUGUGCAGUUUGAGAAAGUUUCUGAUGAAACUCUUGAAUCUUUGACUGAGUAUUUUGAUGAACUAAUAGAGAAAGCGGCUCAUUUACAGGAUGCAGAUAUAUCAUAUGGAGAUGGUGUAUUGACUAUCAAGUUUGGUAGUAAAUACGGUACUUAUGUCAUAAAUCGCCAAACACCAAAUAAACAAAUUUGGUUGUCUUCUCCAAAGUCUGGUCCAAAAAGAUAUGACUUCGUAAAUGGUAAAUGGAUUUAUAAACAUGAUGGAAAGUCAUUACAUGAGUUACUGAACAAUGAAAUACCAGCAAUUAUAAGGGAUCAAACAAACUUUAAUAAAUGUUCCUUUAGUGGAAAAGAGAGGGAAGCCGCAAUGAAGACUCUUUAAUCACACAUUUGGCGCUAAAAGUUAUAAACUUUAUUAGAACAAUCAGAUGUACUCUAUUGAAAAUAGAAAGUUUCAUAUUUCAUGUAUAUAUUUGAACAAAUUAUAACUUU